GAGCGCAGGUGUUGUCGUGUGAGCGAAACCCGCUCUUCUCCCAGGCUCACCUGUCAGGAAGUUUCAGUGACACUGUGGAACAUCGUGUUUCUCGUGUGUGUUCGAAACCUACCCGUGUCUCUUUAGUCGGACCGAGCCCAGGAGUUGUCCCACAUUGCUUCCACCAUUUGGCGGAGACGUUUACGACCACCCGCAGAAAGUUCGGUUACGUAGUAGUACUACUAGAGAUAUUUCCGGGUUCGAACUUUUUUUUUUUUUUUUUUUUUUGGGGGGGAAUUUUGCUUGUUGGGCAAUAUGGAUAUUGAGAUGGAGACCGUUAAAACGAACGGGAACGACACCGUGGCACAUUUGGGAACCACGGGGACCGGUGACAAUCACGCUGACAGAUGCCACAGCACCACCGAGAGAAGCGUGUUGCUGGGCGCUCAGAACGGUCAGAACGGCGAGACGAUGCGUUCAGGACGUCUGGCAACUGAGGAGGGUGCGGUGUACAGGGUGAAGAGGGAGCUGAGCGAGGCGGUGUGCGGCAAAGUGCGCCUGUGGAUGCUGCUCGCUUUGCUCGCCGUCCUCAUCGCAGCCGUCGUCCUCCUCUCUCUGGCCGUGUGCUCAGCCGUUCGCGAGGACCCGGACGAGAAGUUCGACCGGUCUUCGUUCCGAGUCGCUCGCCUCUUCAACGGCAGCUUCCGUCUGCCCGGCCUCGCGUUCGCCGAGGACCUCCUCAGCAUUUCCUCCGAUCGGAGCCGAGCCCUCGCCAGCGACCUGGAGGGCAAGCUGUCAGGCCUGUACAGAUCUUCCCCUGCGCUCGGACGCUACUUCUCCAAAGCGGAAAUUUACGCUCUCCGGAACGACUCGGUGAUCGCCGAGUACCAGCUGACGUUCGUCAUGCCCGAGGAGCACGAGGAGCAGCUGCGGAGCUUCACGCUGAGCAGGGAGAUGGUGUACAACGUGCUCAGACAGUUCCUCUCCGAUCAGCAGGAUAGCGACGCCUCCGCCGCGUCCUCUUUGUACAUCGACCCUGUUUCCCUCAAGUUGUCAUGAGGUGGGUUGUUUUGCCUGCUUGUUCUCCAAAGUGCACAUGACGGCACAAGUGCGGGCAACCACGCAGUCACACAUUUGCGGCAUACAAAUCAUCUUCGACGACCAAGCAUUAGCGUGUAAAUGUCAUUAUUUAUAGAGACGUAAAGGAGGUACACCUGCACAAUGUCAAGCGAUCGUUAUUAGGAGUCAGGCUCGGGUUACACCCUGGGGUGGUCGCCAGGCGGUCACGGGGCAAGUGUACGCCAACAAGUGUUCACACUCACAUGGACAAUUUAGUCGACAAAUAACCUAGCAUGCAUGUUUUGGGGAGUCAAACCCAGAUCUCCUGAUUGCAAGGCAGUCAUUCUUACCACUUGAUCAUCGUGCUGUAAACAAAAUAAACACACACAAAAAAAAAAUAAAUAAAAAUAUAUAUAUAUAUAUAUAUAUACAUAUUUUAAAAAAUCAUUCACUCAAUUGUAAUAAAUAUAUUUAUACGUACUUAAUAAUAAUAAUAUAAUACUGGAUUGUUCGUUUUCCAAAGAAUUGAGUUGAAAGCUCAUUGCGAGCUCACAUCAGUUAGAUUGUGCCGGUGUACCUCAUGAAUGUAUGUCCAAAGCGGCUGGGUUUAGUUUGCUGUCGCAUACACGUAUGACAGCUUUGACAUUCAUAUGAACGCGUGGGAUCAGUGUCAUGUAAAACAGAGUAUUAUUGUCUUUGUAAAGGCGAGUUGUGUGUAUAUUUUAAAAAAGCUUUUUAUGAUAUUAACUGGUGAAUAUUAGCGAGAGGAUGGCCUUCGAGUACAUGAUAACGAUCCCUCUUUUUGUUGUAAACUGGAGGAUUGCUGACUCCAUUUUGGAAGUGUUUUUCUUGUGGUGGAACAACAGAGGGCGCAGAUAGAUGUUUCCUGUACACUAUGUCUAUUUCUGUCUAUUUCUGCUCACUGACAAAUGGACCAGUAAAUCCUCACACACUUUUUAUUCUUAAGAAAAUCCUCACAAAAUGUGGAUUUACAUGUUAUUCCUGUCCAAUGACUAAAAUGCAAGUCCACAUUAAAAAAAAAAAAAAAACCAAAUUAUUAUGAUUUAAUCUCGUAGGUAUUGUCCCUUGCUGUGUUAGCAUCAAGGGACAAAGUCACUCACUCUGACCGUAAUCCCGCCAAAAACCUAUUUUGCCGCUGACAUGUUUGUCUGCGCCACUCACCGCAUUCAACGUGUUUAUGCCAAAUUGUCGGGAACAAACAUCCCGAUGCUAUUUUGUUUUCAUCAAACUAGUUACCACAUCAUCGUCCAGACCGAUUGAGGUUGUUCUUGACAGUUCCCAUUAAAGGCCUCAUGUGUGCCGAC